AUGUUGCUCUGGUGGGGCCUUGCGACGACAUCAAUCGUCCCCAACGACUUCCGCAACUGCAUUAUUGCUUGGGAUCGGGCUGGGGCUGAGGCGAAGGAUGAGGAAGCGCAUUUCGCGGCGAUAAAAUCAUUGGCGAAGGCAGACACAUCUUGCCCGUUCGCAUUCAGUCACCACGAUCCGAUAAGGUACCACGUGAUGGCGUCGUCGCUUCCUCCCGCGCCAGAGUCCCUGGUCGACGACUUGCCGCCGGUUUCGCCCACUGCAGCGAUCAAGGCGGCCGUUGUCCGCAUUACUGCAGCCGCCACUGGUGGUGCUGUGCUCGGCGGAGCUCUAGGCUUUGGGCUGGGCUUCGUGGCGCGCGAGGGCACCAAGGUAGCCAUGCGCGAGUCUGCCUUUGGCCUCAAGACUGUGGCUAUCAUGUCAGCUGUCUAUGCUGCCACGUCAGCAGCUAUUGAUAACCUGAGGAAUGAUCUACUUGACAGUGCAAAGCCAGGGCUUGCUGGAUGUGCUGCUGGACUGGCAGCAAGUGUCCCAGGUCCAUCCAUGGCAAUGUUGCAAGGAUGUGCUGCCUUUGGCCUCCUCUCCUUCGUCUUGGAUUUCUUUGCACCGGCUGAAGCAUCUGCCAACUCGUGGUCUCACGGACCUCUUCCCAGUCAUAGAUCCAAUUCGCUCUCGACCGUCGUUAAACUUUUCGUCAUGGCGGUUAAAUGGCGUCCGGCUGUUCUAAAGCGUCGCAUCGCGACACGGCCUUUCGGUGCCUCGUUACUAUCCCCGCGUACUCCGGCUUUCGCGGCCGCGUGUCUGCUACUCUGCACGCUUGCGACACCCCUCGUCUCCUCGCCUGCUUCUGCAGCUCCUUCACCUGAUGGUAACCACGCAACGUCGAAUUUGACAAUGCCCUUCCGUGCUUUCUCCCCUUCCUUGAAUUCCUCCCCAUACGUCGUUUUCCCAAUAUCGUUGUGCGGUCGUCGUCUCCCAUCACUGCAUACAACUCUUCCGUUCCCCCCCGAGCCCACUUUCCGCGUCCACUCCCCACGACCAUUUUCCGCGUGCACUCCCUGCGCCCAUCUUCCGCAUGCGUUCCCCGCGCCCAUUUUCCGCCUGCAUUCCCCGCGUCCAUUUCCCGCGCGCAUUCGCCGCGUCCGCUCCGCGCGCUUGCCCUCCCGCCCUCCGUCCGUUCCAUCAGCGGAAGCUCUUCUCCGCGUGCGCGCGACGCUCCAGCUGUCGCAGGAGUCCGCACUGCCGUCGUGGACCGAUGCGACGAGUCCGUGCGACGGCGGAUGGGAGGCGGACGUGAGAUGCGACCCUGACACCAACCAAGUCGUGCAUCUCGACAUAUCCAGCUUGCAGCUAUCGGGGCCCAUUCCAGGCGCGGACCUCGCCCAACUCUCCUACCUCACCUACCUGGCGUUGGAUGGCAACACCUUCUCGGGCUCUCUGCCUGCUGACCUGUCCAGACUGUCCGCCCUGAAGCACCUGUCACUGGAAGGCAACGCAGUGGAGGGGUCGAUUCCAGGCGACGUGCUGGCCUCCCUCACCGCCCUCACCCUGCUCAACCUCAAGAUGAACAACUUCACGGGCCACCUGCCAGAGUCGCUGGGGGCACUCACUAGCCUUGUUGCACUCAACCUGGGAGCCAAUCAGCUGACAGGAGAGAUCCCAGCAAGUUAUUCCGCCCUCUCGCAAAUUGUGUACUUCAAGGCGUCGCGCAACCAGCUGGACGGCUCCCUUCCCGACUGGUUCGGCUCGUGGCCGCGACUCAUGGACCUAGAGCUCUUCAAGAACGGCUUUACAGGCUCCAUUCCCGAUUCUCUUGGCAACGUGCAGUCUCUGGUUGCGCUGUCCUUGGACGAGAAUGCCCUGUCCGGCUCGCUGCCUGCAUCUCUGGGGUUGCUGCCGCGCCUUGAAGCACUCUAUAUAGUGUCUAACAACCUGGAAGGGCCUAUCCCGGAUACUUUCAGAGGCAUGCAGAGCCUCAAGUUCAUACUCCAAGUCAAACCAUGCACACGCAUUCCCACCAACAUGGGACUACGGGUCAUGUGGAUUCACCGGUCCCAUCCCACCCACCCUCGCAUCUCUCCCCAACCUGAGAGAGCUGUUUCUCGACCACAACGCCUUGCACGGCGCCCUACCGCCCUCCCUUCCUUGCCUCACCCCCUCUCUCUUGUGGCCCCCAUCCUCCCUCUCAAACCCCUCCAUUCUGCCCCCCUCUCUUCCCCUCCCACCUUCCUCAGCGCCCUCGAGUCAUGUGGUUUCACCGGCCCCAUCCCACCCACCCUCGCAUCUCUCCCCAACCUCCGGGAGCUGUUCCUCGACCACAACGCGCUGCACGGCGCCCUGCCUUCCACGCUAGCCUCCCUCUCCGCGCUCACAGCGCUCUACCUCAACAGCAACCAGCUCUCAGGGGAGAUUCCCGAGGACCUGUGUGGGCUGAAGUCGCUGGGGGUGGUCAUGCUGGGGCAUAACGACCUGGAGGGGGGCGUUCCUGCGUGCCUGCUUGCUCUGCCCAACAUCACCACGCUGGACCUGUCAUCCAACCGCCUGUCAGGCCCCGUCCCGCCCGUCCCUCCUGCCUCCACCAUCGACUUUCGAGUCGGCGGAAACUGCCUGGAAGGAGCGCCGCAGCAGCUCUCCCCUUGCCCCACAGGACCCCCCUCCUCCUCCGCCCUUGAUGUCGCCCCGCCUCUCACCCUGCCUCCUCCGCGUGUCGAAGAGCUGCCAGUGACGGAGUACGGGCUGUCAAAGAUAAAGCGCUCCACAAAGAACCUCACCACGCUGUACGGCAAGGGUAGCUUCGGCACCGUCUACCUGGCGCAGGACUUCCUGCCUGACCGCACCAACCCGCAUGUCAUCAUCAAGAGGGCACACGACCCUGAGAUCCCACCGCCCCCCUCCCCCUCUUCCCCCCACCGUGCUCCCUUUGCCUGCUACGGUACUGCAGAGAUGAGCGAGGAGCAGUUGAAGGAGAAGGUGGAUGAGCUGACACUGAUGAGGCAUCUCUCACAUGCACAGUCCCACCGCCCCCCUCCAACUCUUCCCCCCACCGUGCUCCCUUUGCCUGCUACUGCAGAGAUGAGCGAGGAGCGGUUGAAGGAGAAGGUGGAUGAGCUGACGAAGGCACCUUGCCAUGCCUUCAAGGAGAAGGUGGACGAGCUAGCGAGGGCAAGGCACCGGUGUCUGGUGGCGCUGCUGGGGUACUGCAUGGGCAAGACCGAGAGAAUGCUCGUGUUUGAGUAUAUGCCCUAUGGCACACUCUUUGACCGCCUGCACCGCUCCAACCUGGAUCCCAUGCCAUGGGACGCACGCGUGCGGGUGGCGGUGAACGUGGCAUCAGCGCUGGCCUAUCUGCAUCACGGCGUGGACCCGCCUCUCACCCACCGCGCUGUCACCUCCUCCAACGUGCUGCUCGGCGCUGAUAUGACCGCCAAGCUGUCCGACUACGGGCUGGCGAGGGGCUGUGCGGCCCAGGCAGCAGACGACCUGGCACGGCGGCGCCGCGCGCACCGCAGCUCACGCAGCCGCGGCACGAGCAUCGGCAGCACGGGGCAGCUGGACAACCUCCGCGGGGGCACCAGCCCUGGCAGCAGCACCCGCAGCAGUGCUGGUGGCGGUGCUGGUGGCGGUUCUGGUGGCGACUUGCUGGGCGGUGUGGGCGGGCGGUCGUUUGGGAGUGGGAGGCGGCGCGGUGGUGGGGAGAGUGCGAGCGCGUACACGGAUGGGGAAGCGGUGCUGUCACGGGAAAACACGCCCGCGCGGGAGAGGGAGCCGAUGCUGUCUAGGGAGAACACGAUGACGAGCAUGGAUGAGAGGAAGGCGGAUGUGUAUGGGUUCGGAGUGGUGCUGCUGGAGCUGAUCACGGGGCAGAAGGCCAUGCAGGACGUGCAUAUCACCAGCCUGGCGGCGCCCUUCCUGGAGGAUGAUCAGAUGAUGCCCCUCAUGGCUGACAGCGCUCUCGCAGGCUACUUCAAUCAGGACGAGCUCAUCUCCCUGGCCUCCAUAGCACGGGACUGUGUGCACCAAGCACCCUCGCAGCGCCCCUCCAUGCUCGACGUGCUGCGAGCCCUCGAGGACACAGUCGACGAGGACCUACUCUCCUCCCUCCACGGCCCCUCCACGCGCCUCCUCUCCCCCGGCUCCACUGCCAGUGCCAUCACCAGCACCAGCAACGGGGACCGGUACACCGCCCUGGCGAAUGAUGGUGCUUUUGACGAUGCUGCUGGGGGGGGAGUGGGGAUGGGUGGAGGAGCAGGGAUGGGGGGAGGAGCGGGGAUGGGGGGAGCGGGAGCGGGGAAGCGGAGUGCGGGGUCGUCGUUCAUUGAAGCGAUUUCGGCGUCGUUUCGGAGGCGAGGGGAUGGGGAGAAGGGUGGGGGGAAGGGGGAGGGGGUGCAGAGGGGGGCGGGGCAAGGCCCCCCGUCGCUGAAUCUGUCAGGGAGGAGUGAUACCUCUGACAUGGAGAGCUCGUCCCUGCUUUACAUUACCCCCAAGGGGCACUGA